AUGAAGUUUACGCUUUUAAUUCUCUUUGUAAUUUCUGACUCUCAACAAGCAAAAUUAAAAUCAAAGAACUCACUUCGACCAUUUAUUAUUGGAGGAGAACCAAUUACCAUCGAUCAGGCACCAUAUCAAGUUUCACUUUUAUUCAGGGGCUUUCACAAAUGUGGAGCUUCAAUCAUAUCACAAAAAUGGAUUUUGACGGCAUGCCAUUGUGUCGAUGAUUUUAACACUCUAAGUGAUUUGAAAGUUCGUGCAGGCUCUCGUUACCACAGAUAUGGAGGAAAAUUAUUUAAAAUUCGAAACAUUUUUUCAAAUCCAAAAUGCAAUAUUGAGAAUGCCACAUUUGACUCCGCUCUAAUUGAAUUAAGACAUAAGAUAAGGUUCGGCAAAAAAAUACAAGCUAUAAACUUACCAAUGGAAAAUGAAGAACUUGCUGCUGGAACUUUGGUUAACAUAUCUGGAUGGGGAGCUACCCGUUUCCCAGGAUUUAAUUCUGAUGUACUAAUGUCUACUGAAGUAGCAAUAGUCGAUUAUGAGAAAUGCAAAAAAGUGUAUUCUUUCGAUUAUUUUGGACCAGAUGUGAUUUGUGCACAAGUUGAAGGAGGGGGAAAAGAUACAUGUACAGGAGAUUCUGGAGGACCUUUAACGCAUAAUGGAACUCUUUUUGGAAUAACAUCAUGGGGAAGAGGUUGCGGAACAGCAAGGUAUCCAGGAGUUUAUUCAAAUGUUGCUUACAUACGAGAAUGGAUUAGAAAAGUAGCAGGAGUCUAA